GAUUCCACGCCCGCUGCCGUCUACACCGACAAAACUCUCAUCCGCGGUCCUGGAGAGCGUUCAGAACGAUGCCCUUGACCUAUUUAUAAUCGGGAACUGUCUGAUUUAUGACUAGCAUUGAUGGAUUGUGCACUUGCCUUUGCAAAUGCAGCUGCACCGGCCGUGGAAUCAAAUGCAAUGCUCACCGGAUGCGCUCGGUUUCAUGUGUUAUAGUGGACGACUCUGUUGUGAAUGUGCCAGGAGGCACCCAUAAAACUGAAAAUCUGCUGUCCACGCGUCACCUAUACAGUUCCCCGCGCGCUUCCUCGUUCCAGGCCAAUUGCGGGACGGGCUGAAGCACAGAGGAGGGGGUGGUCUCCGGUAUCCGGUUCUUUCCGUAAUCCUGCGCCGGUGGAAUUUUAAAUCCGUUCCUCCAGCGGGAUCUGCUCAAUGGAGAUUGUUUACUGGAGCUGCUACAUUGUUCUUUGCAACGCGUAAUUGUUUCAGUGUAACAUUCGCAGAAUGCGCGUUGUUGUUUUUAGAACGUUUCAUUGACACACUGUCACACUCGCAGACGGAGCACUGUUUAGAACGUUUAACUGUUCUAUUGUAACAUUCGCACUGAUGUUUAGAACGCUGAAUAGGCUAGUUACAUUAGUGCUCUCGCAGAACGAGCGUUUAAUUGUUACACUGUAACAGUGCAAAAGUGAGCAGAGCAGAGCAGCCCACCGGGAUCCGGUGUAAAUAUUCAACAAAUGAUAGAGGAGGAGUCGGUGCGCGAUAAAAGGGAUGUGAACCGAGAGCAGAGAGCUUUGGACUCGGUUUAAAGCGCGCGCUCUCUGUUUUCUCUUCAGAGGACGUUUGGUGGAAGCCGUGCUUUUAUGAGAGGAUUUGGGCAUUAUCCAUCGGAUAUGAGUGAUCAUGCAUGCAAAGUGACACGAGAUUGCUCCACUUAGUUUCAGAUCUCUGACAAACUCUUGACUGGAUUUAUUUCUGUUCUUUUUUUUUCACCCGUGCUGAAGCUUAUGAUACAAUAGUUAUUCAGGAAACAUAUUUGCAUCCGUUCUGUAUAGGAUGCACCCAGAAAGCAAUGAAACCCCCGCGGGAGCAGCCAGUGGGACACCCGGUUCGGAGGAAUCGACCGCUGAACCGCUGGCUGGACAUACUGAAGAGCCCCCUGUGAUGGAGCACAAAGACCCGCAGGAGUACGAGGAACCGGAGCGCAAGCUCGCCCCGGAGGACAGCACGGUGCAGCUGAUACAGACCGGCUGCACCGACAAGCGUCCGGAGACGCCGCCCGGCGCACACCCGGGACCGGGGUUCGUUCCCCCGGAGGGAGGGUUCGGCUGGGUCGUCGUGUUCGCUGCUACAUGGUGCAACGGCUCGAUUUUCGGCAUACAGAACUCAUUCGGUAUUCUGCACAUGAUGCUGGUGAAAGACCAUCAGGAACUCAAGGACCAGGCGUCUCAGUUUAAAGUGGCAUGGGUUGGAGCUCUGGCGAUGGGGAUGAUAUUUUUCUGCUCUCCGGUGGUCAGUAUGUUCACCGAUCACUUCGGAUGCCGGAAGACGGCCGUCUGCGGAGCGUUUGUGGCCUUCCUCGGCCUUCUCACCAGUUCCUUCGCAACCACGCUGGGUCUUCGAUACUUCACAUACGGAAUACUGUUCGGCUGCGGAUCCUCGUUUGCGUUUCAGCCGUCUCUGGUGAUCCUGGGGCAUUAUUUUCGACAGAGACUGGGCUUGGCCAACGGCGUGGUGACCGCAGGCAGCAGCCUGUUUUCUAUGGGGCUCCCGGUGCUGCUGAAGAAAGUGGUGGGACCGCUGGGCCUUCCCAGAACCUUCCAGAUCCUCAGCAUCUUCAUGCUGGUCCAGUCGCUGCUGGCCCUCACCUUCAAACCGCUCAUGCCCAGCGGGAUGUGCCCGAUGCCAGGCAUGGGAAUGGACGGAGGUCCCCCGUCCGGCCUGGAGUCGGCGAGCAGGUGGCAGAAGGGCCUGGCCAAGAUUAGAAAGUACUUUAACGUACGAGUGUUCAGCGUGCUGACCUAUCGGGUGUGGGCGUUCGGUGUCGCCACAGCGGUGCUGGGAUACUUCGUUCCGUACGUGCACCUGAUGAACUAUGUGAAGGAGCAGUUUAAAGACACUCAGAGGGAAUGGGUUCUGCUCGUGUGUAUCGGAGCGUCGUCUGGGGUCGGUCGACUGCUGUUCGGGAAGAUCGGAGACCUCAUUCCUGGAGUAAAGAAAAUCUACAUGCAGGUGGCUUCGUUCAUAUUACUGGGUCUGAUGUCCAUGAUGAUACCUCUGUGCGCCACGUUCGAAGGUCUGGUGGUGGUUUUUGUAUUGAUGGGUCUUUGUGACGGCUGUUUCAUCACUAUCAUGGCCCCUAUCGCCUUCGAGUUGGUCGGGCCAAUGCAGGCGUCUCAAGCCAUCGGCUACCUCCUCGGCCUCAUGGCCAUACCAAUGACAGCGGGACCACCAAUCGCAGGCCUUCUUCGUGACUAUUUUGGAAGCUACCACAUAGCGUUUUAUCUGGCUGGUGUUCCUCCAAUAGUCGGGGGUAUCGUGAUGUUUUUUGUGCCUCUGGUGCACCGGCGCAUGCAACGACGGCGGAAAAAGGCCAACGACCCCAGCAUGGACAAGAUGCUGAAGAACUGCUCUAACGGAGACAUGCUGCCAGGAUACACCGACAUGGAGACACACAUAUGAAGCCCACAGACACACAAAGGGAUUGAUCUCACCAGCACUGCUUGUGGUGUGUGUUAGAGAUGGUGUAUUUCCUCUUUGCUUGGCUCUAAUCAAACUCGAGGUCUCAAGGCUUUUCCCCUUGCUCUUCUUCUGUGCUGGAGAGAAGAUGUGAUCAUCCGUCAAGAGCCCAAUCUCUCCUCCAGUGGCCCGCGCUGCCGUUUCCACCAGCUCCCGAGUGACUGAACGACUUCCGCGUGCGGAUUUGUGCCGAGAUCACCUGCUCGUGUGUUUCUCUCGGGAAGCUGAGCAGAGACUGAACGGAGAGCUCAGGUAGUGCGGGAGCCACCGGUUAAAUUAGGACCUUUAAAAAGGAAACAAAACCUUCAUUAAUUUGACGUGUUUCACAGAGAAAAAGAGCUUAAUAGAUCUUUAUUUCCAUUUUUUUUUCUAGAUUAUGCAAAUCAGAUUUGUAUGCUUUAGAUGAUUUCAUAAUACGAUUUUUAAAAAAUCCUCCAUAGCGUAAGACUUGAUUUCAGAAACUUUUAUGAGAAAAAUCCGUCUUUCUUCGUGCACUUUCUGCUAUCGACAGUGAUAACCUCAACCGUGAUUUUUUUAGCAUAACGUACCGCAGCUGUUAGUGUAUCGCUUAUGAAUUAUGUAGAAAUGCACAUUAAACGAGGAAUAAUUUUUAUGAUUUUUUUUAAAAAAGCUAAUCCUCUGUCCUUAAUAAUAUCUGCUAGAUUUAUUUCAGUGAUCAGCUAUGCACUAAUGAGUUCACAAACUGUGCCAUGACCUUUGAGCCAGAAUCAAUAUUCAUAAGAUGGGUGAAUCUCAUGAAAAAAUUGCAAAAGGAAAUAAUUUGAAAUUAUAUUUUGCAUAAAGACUUCUUUUUUUGGCUUUGCGACAAUUUUCAUUACAAUUAAGCACAUUUUCCACGCGAAAACAAUCAUCAUAAUACAGUAAUCUGUAGUCUAAGUCAAUACAUAAAUCAGUAUAAAAUUAAAUUAAAUUUAAAAUUAAAUUGAAGUUGUAACUUAAACUAAGAUUUAGGGAUGCACCGAUAUGAAUAUUUUGGCCAAUACCGAUAACCGAUAAAUCUUUAUGUCUGAAAGCCGAUAACCGAUAUAUUGAGCGCUAAAUCUAAAUCUUUUUUAAGAGUCUGAUUACAUAGACAUGAAAUAAAAAACACACGUCCCAAAAAGCCAUAAUGGUGGACAGUUUCGCAUCCAUUAUUUAUCAGCUUUAAUAUAUCGGCCAAAUUUUCUUAUUGGGCCGAUAACGAUUACAGUAAAAAUGAACAUAUAUCGGCCGAUACCGAUAUGGUGGCUGAUCGUGCAUCCCUACUAAGAUUAUUGGAGUGUGUUCUUACUGGAGAAAAUACUUUUUAUUCUUUCUACUUAAAAAAAUUCAUGUUUAAUUCAAUGUGUUACUUGUCGUUUCUUUGUAAUUUCUGAGUGAAAAUUGUUUCAAAGUAAAUCCUACACCAUUCAGUGCACCAUUUAUGCAAAAUAUAAUUUCAAAUUUUUAGGGUAAAAUAUGACCUAGACAUAUUUUAACAGUUUUUUGUGAGAUCCACUCAAGGACAGAAUCACUACAUUUGCUAGAAAUGUUUUUAAAAUCUAAAUAUGUGUGUCUUUUUUUCCCAUAUUUGACUCCCAUUUAUUAUAUUUUUUUAAAAAUUUAUAUUUUGGUUAUAUGUGUUGUCUCGUUUGUUAAAUUGGAAAAAAAAUCUGGCAUUUGAGUUGAACGGACUUUGAGAUUCUUAUGAAGACAAUCAAAGCGUGAUCUGAACUGAAUGACGACACUAUAAAAAUGUCACAUCUGUGAUUCUGUUUAAGAAUGGAAAGAACAGAUUGCUCUAAGCAAAACAACACAGUAGUGUUAUACAGACUGGGCCAUGUUUAUGAGUAUUGAUGAAUUAUUAUGUCAAGAACAUGUCAUUUGAAGCUG